CUGUGCCCACAGGCCAUGAGAUCACAUGACACCAGAGCAUUGUAUCUGAUUAAAAAGGAGGAAAAGAUGGAGCUAACACAUGGGCCAGUCAAAGAGGAUGCUACAUUGCUAACAGUUUCCUUUCGGGCCUUUGGCGCGUGAUGGUCCCACUGACCCACCUCCUCGCCAUGGGCAUUGCUCGCCCACCAACAUGCAGCUCACAAGACAAAGAUCCCGUGCUAUCCGUUCAUUGCCUCCCGCCUUCUUUGCUGGAAUAACAUUGGAUAUGGGUUAGGAAUAUCCACCACUCAUCUGUCCGAUUUGGGUCCACUCACUAUUUCUCAUCCUUUGGAUCUUAAUCUGAUCAGUGCAUCGAGAUUUGCACAAGAAUAAAAUUUGGAUCCAUCGCUUAAUGGGCCUUUGAUGGGCUGGACAAGCCAGGGUUCCUACUACUCACUAAUGUCAUUGUUGUGAUUAUAUAGAGAGUAGGGAGAAACCCCUCUCCAAGUCACCAGCUAUAAAAAGGGAUGGAGGAAGGGAGAUCCCCUUCCCCCACAACUCCUCUCUAAUAUACAACCCUUCCCUUAGGCUCAUCUCCACUUUCAGACAUGCCGAAGUUACAAAGAUACAGAGGAGUCAGACAGAGGCACUGGGGCUCGUGGGUCUCCGAAAUCCGGCAUCCUCUCCUGAAAACUAGGAUUUGGUUGGGGACUUUUGAGACUGCCGAGGAUGCGGCCAGGGCGUAUGACGAGGCUGCGAGGCUCAUGUGCGGGCCCAGAGCGAAAACCAACUUCCCGAUGGAUCCUAAUGGUUCGAGCACAUCGUCGGCCCUGUCGCCAAGCCUCAUGGCAAAGCUGGAGAAGCGUUGCUUAGCUUCUCAGCAAGAGACUAAGAGAGCAAAGGUGACGGUGGCAGAUGGUGAGGAGGAGGUCAAGUGCAUGGAUGAGGAGUCCAUCGAGGAGAUGAUUGAGGAGCUUUUGCAUUGCGGAUCUGUGGAGAUAUCUUUCUCUUCCUCCUCCUCCUCCUCCUCCUCCUCUUCUUAACUGCGAGAUUGUAGUUCCGUCUUUUGGCAUGGGAAUGAGCGAGUGGUAGUGCGACACUGUAUAUAAAGUGGGAAGUGGUCAUGUUUUGGACAUUUAUGUUAGCAGGGUUUGUUUUAACGAAUCAUUUCACUAUUGGUUCUCGUGAUUUA